GUCAUGCAACCGAUUAUGGCGAAUGGCGUCUAGGCGGCCCGAGAAAUUGCCAACUGUGAGAGUCCGAUUUGCAGAAUUGGGUGCAAUUGCGUCGCGCCUUGAGCAAGAAGUAUGUCUGAAAGAAGAUCAGUCAAACGAUUGUAUGCCUACUUGUACGACUAGCUACAACUCUCUGACAAUUCGUGAUGGGAGAUCUAGAGAGCAGGAGCAUGUAGGCAGUCUGGAAGACAAGCCACGGAGAGGUAUGUUGAGCCUUCCACAAGGUUACAAACGAUCUGGAUUUGCUGGACGUGUGGAACAGAGUCUUGUGCAGCCUGUCAGCGGUAGUGAGACAGAAUAUAUGAUUGCAGACCAUUUGUCUGCAUUAGAGAUCAGACUCUCUAAUCUCUUGUCUCGCAAUGAAGAUGGAACGCAGGUCGACGCAGUAAUGGAACUCCAACAGCAACUGAAGGAGGCGUGUGAAAACGUAGUGACAGAACAGGUCCACAAAGCACAUUCCUCUGAUACUUUGCAAUUACUGUGGAAGAGUGGAUACCAUCAAGUUAUCGAAUGGCUGAGAAAGUCUGUGGGUGAUUCAAAUAUUCUGUCUACUUUUCUGGAAGAUGCUUGUCAAUUUUAUCAGAAGUUAAUCACGACGAUACAAGAGAAAAGUAGAUUCACAAUUAUGGCAUACAAUCCUCUUCUUACAUAUAGUCGAGCUGACAAAAGAACUCGUAUUGCAAUUCUUCUCUGUCAUAAAUGCUACAUGUGUCUUGGCGAUCUAGCAAGGUAUCAACAGCAACAUCAUUCAAUAGCAGACUUUGGAUUGGCAAGAAAAUUCUACAUGAAAGCUCAGGUGCUUGUUCCUAAGAAUGGAUUGGCAUACAACCAGCUCGCUAUAACAGCAGCAUUAGCUAAACGCAAACUGGAUGCUGUAUAUUAUUAUAUGAGAAGUCUUGCUGUGUCACAGCCUUUUAUUAAUGCGAGAGAGAAGCUAAUGGUACUUUUUGAAGAUGCCAGGAGAAGACACAAGUAUAUCAUAGAGAAGCAACGCGAGACCACGAAACAGUCCGUCAAACUGGACAAGAAAGAUUACAAGCGAAGGCAACUACAUCAACAGCAAAAGAAAUUUGUCUGUGUGAAUGAUGUAAAAGAAGUGUGGGUAUUCCCUUCUCACACAGUGACUGGUGAUGGACAAGAGGUGAAUAUGAAAGAAACAAGCAGCGAGAGCAAAGACAUGGCAGUUUCAAUGGCUCAAACAGAUUCAGCAGAGUCAUUGACUUCCCUGAAACUGAAUCAGUUGAAUAAACAAGUCACUGCACGGUUCAUUCUAUUGCACGGUUUAUUAUUCACUAAAGUUGCUGUUGAUCAGUUUGAUGUCCUACUGAGUGAUUUCCUUGGUGAUAUCCAGUUACUAUGGAGCUCAGCACACUUUAAUGCCGAUUGGCAAACUGUAGCUCAGAUGACUGCAAUGUGUCUUUUUUCAGUGUGGAAUGCCAGUCAUAUGAGUGGUACUGGAGGAGAAGCACUAAAAUUUAAAGCUGAAACGCUGGGACUUUCAGUGGCACAAGUGACGUUAUCAGUUGUUACCAGAUUGAUAGGGAACUACAAGAAAGAGAAGCUAGCAGUUAUUCUUGAACCUGCUGUGCGUUUCCUUCCUUCUCUCAGUGUUUGGGCAGAUGUCUUCUUGGAAGACCACAAAACUUGGUUAUGUGCUGGACGACAGGAAGUUCAAUCAUUUCUGUCAUCUUUCAGAAAAUUACUAAACUGUUUCUUAGGUGUGGCAGACCCUACAGACAGGACAAAUCACAAACAUGUUAUUCUUCCAGUAGACUGUCUGCUCUCUGGGUUUGUUCCACUGCAGGAGAUCCACAGCAAGAAGGUCACUAGAUUAGAACAAAGUGACAGCUCUUCCCUAACCCUGCAGAAGCUGUUAGAACUAGCUGAUUUGCUGUGCACAGUAGAACCGCCUCUUCUUUCGUUCAACAGAGAAUCCUAUGAAUAUGUAGAUGUUCAACUAGAAGUUGAGAAGCCAGUGACCGUAGACAAGGAUCAAGCCACUCUUCCUACUGAAGCAGUACUUUCAGGGGAAGAGUCAGAUGACAUUCUAGAGGAGUUUGAUAAUGCAAAUGAGAGUGUGGAAGAUGAGUUUGAUAAUUCAGAUGAGAAUGUGGAAUUAAUGACAGGAAAGGGAAAGGAAGAUGUGCCUAGUGUUGAAGUUGGUGUUGGUGAACUUAUUGCUCGGAAAAGAGAACUUGCUGCCCAGAUGGCUCAGCAAAAGAAAAGAGAAGAAGAUAUCCGGGAAAUAGUUGAACGGCAAAGAACUCAGAGACAAGAGCAGACUCAAAUACAGCCCAAAUUUCUGGUUCCAGAUACAAACUGUUUCAUAGACAGACUGCUCCUAAUAGAGCAAAUUGCCAAAGUGCAGACAUACACACUUGCUAUUCCUUUAGUUGUAUUCAAUGAACUGGAUGGAUUAGCAAAAGGUCUUGAAAUACCAGCCAAUGUACAGCAGGCUGAGAAAGUCAUGAAGAAUGCAAUGGCUAGCAGUACAUUCAUAACACACUGCUUCAAGAGUAAGAGACAAAAUGUCUCGCUUUUAACCAGUAGUGGAAAUCUUCUUAAUACCAGUACCUUCAGGCUCCAAGACAAUUCUGUUCAGGGCAACAAUGAUGAUAUUAUUUUAGAGAGUUCCAUUCAACUGAAUGACAGAACCAGACGUCAGUCAAAGUAUGGAUCUAUCCAGAAAGUUGUUCUGCUCACAGAUGAUAGAAACUUGAGAGUCAAGGCUCUUGCUCGGAACAUAGCUGUAUGUAAUAUAGAGCUCUUUUUCAAAUUGGCCAGAAUUGUGUGAGUACCAACAUCAUGUUUUUAUUCUGUUUUCAAAGAUAGCUAGAGAACUGUAAUCACUAUGAUUUCCCGACUGCAGAUUCAAUACUACAUUUACUAUUAUUUUUGGUACUAGAGUACUUCAUAAGUAACAGUUUGAUGUAUUAGCAGAAAGUAUGAUAAUUCAUUCAUUUGUUAGUAUAUAUA